GGUAUAGUAUUGAAUUGUCUUGAUCCACAAAUAGGACAUGGCUGACGCUGGUUUUUUCGAGGGUACGGAAAAGCGGAUCGAGAUCGAUUUCCGUGGUGAUGGGGAUUUGCGCAAUGCGGCGAGGAGCAACUGGGACACGGUUGUAAACCUAUCCGCCACGCAGAUAUUGAAUAGCAUAGAGACUGCUGACUUCACCAGCUUUCUGCUUUCGGAAAGCAGUCUCAUCGUGUAUUCGCGCAAGGCCAUCAUCAAGACUUGUGGUCGCACGGUCCCCUUGAAUGCCGUGCCAAAGUUGCUAGAGAUUGGCAAGGAGCAAGGCUUGGCGGUGGAGUGGAUGUGUUACUCCCGGAAGAACUUCCUGGCUCCCGAGGAGCAGCCUCACGAGCACCAGUCGAUGGAGGGAGAAGUUGAGGCAUGCCGCAAAGUUUUCGGCCAUGUCGGAGAUGCUUACGUUCUCGGGCCCAUGACUGGCGAGCACUGGCUGUUCUAUGAGAAGAUGUAUUUGUCAGCCAACUACCUUGAGCGUGGCGACUUCACCAUUGAUGUCAUGAUGUACGACUUACCGAAGGAUGUGCAAGAGGUGUUCCAUACCACGGAGCCCGAGGGGAGCCGCGCGGGGGCAGAGCAGAUGACGAAGGCGUCCGGCCUGGCGGAAAUCGCAAACCUCUUGGAGGCGGAGGUCGAUGAUUACUGCUUUGACACCUGCGGCUAUUCCUGCAACAUGCACAGCAAACUAGCCUACGCUAUGGUGCACGUGACCCCGCAGGACACUUGCUCUUAUGCAUCCUUUGAGACCAAUUUUGGCUCUACCCUCUUCGGGAAGCCCGAGCGGAAUCUUGAAGAGAUCUUGAACAUGCUGAUCGGCAAGGUCUGCGAUGCCUUCCGACCAGGCAAACUCACUCUGACAUUGCUGCAGGACACAGGUGCAGUCCCGUUCCUGGGCAAUGCCCCUUUCAAUGCGGCAGAUGCACGUUAUGAGAGACGAAGCAGCACUUCUACUUCCAUGGGCAAGGACUACCAUGCUACCAUUGCCAACUUCUACAGGAAGGAGUGACAGGGAGGUCUCGAGUUUUCCAGGUCUCACUUCCCUCGCUGCAGCUCGCGAAGCUCGCGGCCUUUGUGCAUACUGGGUCCAUUGAAGUGACGUCGACA